AUGUUACAUUUUCUGGUCCUGAUCGUAGGUUGGCUAUUAGCCAUCGGCAAUGCAGCAAACACUUCCACAUCACGUCUCUACACACUGGACGGUCGCAUCGUUGGGGGUGAGAAUGCCGAUAUCACAGACUUCCCCUAUCAGGUUUCUGUUCGCUACUUGGUUUCACACAGCUGUGGCGGCUCAAUAUUGGACACUGGCGAUGAGAAAACUAAGGGCUUAUAUGUUGUUACAGCGGGUCAUUGUGUUACGCCCACCUUACCACGGCAGCACAGCAUAAAAUAUGGUGUAACGAAGUACAAAGAUGUAUCCGGUGGCAUAGCGUUUGUCGACCGCAUCUUUCGACAUGAGCAAUACAAUGCAAAUACCAUCGACUAUGACAUUGCUUUGAUCAGACUGAUGACGCGCAUACCAUUCUCUGACAAAGCACAACCGAUACGAAUGGCCAACGCGACACCGCCAGCCGGUACAGCCGCCGUGGUAACUGGCUGGGGUAGUGGACAGGAGGGCGGCCAACUGUUGACUGCAUUGCAACAAGUGAGCGUUGAAGUAGUUGAUCACAGCGAAUGCGAGCAGCAGUAUGCGCCAUAUACUUAUAAUACCGUAACAGAGCGCAUGUUGUGUGCGGGCGUACCUGAGGGUGGCAAGGAUGCGUGUCAGGGCGACUCCGGUGGGCCGUUGGUGGUUGAUGGAGAACAGGUGGGUAUUGUGUCGUGGGGUAUCGGCUGUGCGCGCCCUAACUUGCCAGGAGUAUACAGUAAUGUGCACACGUUAAGGACAUGGCUGUAUAACAAGUAUUAA